GUUAAAAUAGGAGAAAAAACAAAGCAAUCAAAGUCUGAGGGUACAGAAUGGCAGCUGUGCAUCCUCAACCAGCUCAAGAGUCUUUACCUCCUGGAUGGGAAUGCCGAUAUGACCCUCGAACUGGAAGGCAUUAUUUCUUGAAUCAUCUGGAACACAUCACUACUUGGGAGGAUCCUCGACUUAGGCCAUCUACUUUGCAACAGUCAUACCCACCGUAUUAUGGAUCUAGUCAAUAUUCAGUCACUGUUAGUUCCCCACCUCCACCUCCUCCUCCAGUCAGUUCGCCUCCUCAGUCUCAGGUGACAAAUCUUAGGUAUCUCCAUUUGGAAUUGAAAUCCACAGGCUCUGGUGGAGGAUACUAUACCCCUCGUCCAUUAACUCAGGGAGGUUAUUCACCUCAUUAUGGGAGUCCAAAAACACCAUAUAGGUUCAAGUCAGAAAAUUCUGUUCAAGUUGAUGAACGCAUCUUGAUGAAAUUAUGUCUUCAGUUUCCUACAGUUGAAGAAGGACAUAUAUGGCAGCUGCUUAAACAGUAUCAUAAUAGAGAAAAUGUUGUUGUUAGUUCCCUUCUUGCAGAAGGACAACCUAGAGCUCAGACGCAUUCUAUGGAAUUCACUCCAAAACUACAAAAAGCAGAUAUGCAUAUGUUUCAAAUUGAUGAGGCACUAUACCAUAAGCUUCGUAAUUUCUUCCCAGCUGCCGACUCGGAGCAUAUUCGCAAUCUUCAAAGGAUGUAUAACAAUCAGGAACAUGAAGUUAUAGGAGCUUUGGUGGCUGGCAACAGAGGAUAUGCCAGUCGUCAUCAAAGUCCUCACCCAAGUUCACCGAAAAUGAAAUUGCGUUAUUUAAAACUUGUAUUCCCUGAAUGUGAUGAAGCUGUGUUAUUUGAUGUUUUAAACAAUUGUGACAACAAUGCUCAGGAAGCCUCUGGUCGUUUAGUCAGCAUGGGCUAUUCUAAGCGUGAUACACCCAUAACUCGUCCAAAUUCAAGCCAGCCAGUCCGGAAACCAUCACUGGAAAUUCCUCGGCCACCUCCAACUCCAGAACGUCCAGUCAUCGUUAUUCCACCCAGUGCUUCCGACAAGUUACAGUUGGUGAGUCGAUUACAAGAUCAGUUUCCAGCCAUAUCAAGAACAUUAGUAAAUAUGGCUUUAGAUAGCAGCAACUACAAUGAAGAUCGUGCCAAACAAUUUCUCACCGCUAUGACACCCCAAGAUGGGUAA